AUGGGAAAUAAUCAAGGUAAAACUUUAAAAAUUGGUUCAUAUCAUUUAAAUUUUGUUAAGCAAAUUGCAGAAGGUGGCUUUUCAUAUGUUUUCUUAGUAAAAGAUUCAAAUACUUCAAAACAUUAUGCAUUAAAAAGAAUUUUAAUUAGGGAUGAGGAUGAAUUAAAAGGUGUUAAACAUGAAAUUUCAAUAAUGAAAAGAUUAACAAAACAUAAAAAUAUAGUUAAAAUAUUAGAUUAUCAUAAAGUUAGUGAUAAGAAUAAUACAGAGAUGUUUAUAUUGAUGGAAUAUUGUUCAGGUGGACAUUUAGUAGAGAUAAUGCAAAAGAGAUUAUCGAGUGGAAGUAAAUUUACAGAUCAAGAGAUAUUGAAGAUCUUUCAAGAUAUUUGUGAAUCGGUUGCAUAUAUGCAUUCACAACAACCAUUGAUAAUUCAUAGGGAUUUAAAGGUUGAAAAUGUUUUAUUGGAUGAAGAGAGUGGCAUUUACAAACUCUGUGAUUUCGGGUCAGCCACCGAGGAAAUCACAAGAAUGAAGAAUAAAACCGAGAUGCAGAAUGCCGAAGACGAUAUAUCACGUCACACCACAUUACAAUACAGAGCGCCAGAGAUUGUCGAUUUCUACAGGUCACCAGUCAUCAAUGAGAAAAUCGAUAUCUGGGCAUUGGGCUGUCUGUUGUAUAAACUAUUGUUCUAUGUCACACCAUUUGAAGAUUCAGGUUCAUUAGGUAUACUAAAUUCAAAUUAUACAAUACCCCCAAAUCAUACUCAUUCAAAUGAUUUAAUAUCUUUAAUUAAAAUAAUGUUAAAUCCUGAUCCAAUCAAUAGACCUAAUAUCUUUGAAAUUACAAAUCAAUUAAAUUUAUUAAGAAAUCAACAACCAUUAUUCCCUUCUCAUAAAUCAAAUAUUUUAUUAUCAUAUAAUGAAAAUAAUAAUAUAAAUAAUAAUAAUAAUAAUAUUAAUAAUAAUAAUAAUAAUAAUAUAGUAAAUGGUAAAAAUAUACCAAAACCAUUACCAAAGGUUGUAUCACAAACUACACCAACACCAACACCACCACCACCUGCGCCAUCACAAUCACCAUCACCAUCACCAUCGCCAACAGUUGUAAAUAAUAUUGAAAAUAAUAGUAAUGGAUUAGAACAUAGUAAUAGUAAUGGAAAUAUUUCACAACCAAGUCCAACACCACCAAAAAGAAGGGCGACACCAGGUACAACACCAUCACUUCAACCAGUUUCAUUCCCUCCUAAUAAUAGUAAUAAUAGUUUUGAUGAUCCAUUUAGGGAUUCACCACGUACGAAUUUAAGUAAUAAUCCAUUUAAUGUAAAUAGUAACGAUAAUAGUAAUAGUAGUAAUAAUAAUAAUAAUAAUAAUAAUAAUAAUAAUAAUAAUAAUAAUAAUAAUGGAAAUAAUAUAACGAAUGAAGAAAUUUUAAAUAUUAUUACACAACUUACAAAUAAUGAUCAAACUAAUACAUUUGAUAGUGGAUUAUUAUUGAAAUUGAAAUCAAUGAAACCAGGUAAAGGUACAAUGCAUAUCAUUGUAAAGAGGCCAUUGAAAGAACCUUUAGUUUGUUUCAAAUCAUUAUUAUUGGUACAUGCUUUAUUAUCAGAGGGUAAUAAUAUACAAUUUAAAUCCGAUGUUCAUGAUAGUAAGGAUUUAUUUAAUAAUUUAUAUUUAGGUUGGUCAAAACAAAAAGAUAGAUAUUUACAAUUAGGUGAAUUAUUAUCACAUUAUUCAUUAUUGUUAUAUAAAUUUAUAUUAUUUCAUCAAAAGAAUUAUAUGAUUGAUGGUAGUUUUGCAUUUGAAGAGAUGAAAUGGGGUAUACCAGAAUCAUUAGAUAGUAAUAAUCAUCCAAUUAGUAUAAAUACAAUUAAAGCUUUAUUCGAUAUUAUGGAUCAUUUAUUUUUAGUUCAAAAUAAUUUAUCAGAUUAUUGUAUUAAUAAUAUUUGUAGUAGUAAUAGUAGUGGUAGUGGUAAUGUUCCAAUUUCAUUAUUACAACAUUGUGUAAAUAUAUUAAAUAGUUCAUCAUAUAGUAUCUUUUGUUUUAUUAGUGGUUCGAUAGAUGUUUUAUCAAAACAAUUUAGUGAUGUCGAUAUGAAGUUAAUUUCAUGUGUUAAUCAAUUUCAAUCAAUGUAUACAAGAUUAAGGGAACAAUAUACAAAGUUAGCACAAGUACCUUGUUUCUCUGAUAUUUUCUUUCCAACUUUACCAAAUACUGCUCCAACUUUUACUAUUGUUAGAAGUAAUAGUUUUAAUAGAUUAAAUAGUAGUUUAUCAGAUUUAAAUUUAAAUAAUAAUAAUAAUAAUAAUAAUAAUAGUAAUAAUAGUAAUAAUAGUAAUAAUAGUAAUAGUGGUAAUUUAUCAGGUAAUGCAAGUUUGAAUUCAUCAUUUGAUAAUAUAAAUAGUAGUAAUCCAUUUUCAACCGAACCAACAUUUAAUCCAUUCUCGGCAACUACAACCAAUACAUCAGAGUCAGGUUUUGGUAAUUUCGGAUUAAGUGAACCAACCUCAAAUCCUUCACCACGUUAUCAACAAUCAAAUAAUAAUAAUAAUAAUAAUAAUAAUAAUAAUGGUACACCAAUAUCAUUAACUCCUGGUAGUUUGUCACCUGUAAUUGGUGCAAAGAAACCACCACUCCCACCAAAUAUUCAUCAUUUACAACAACAACAACACCCACAACAGCAACAACAACAACAACAACAACAACAACAACAACAACAACAACAACAACAACAACAACAACAACAACAACAACAACACCCACAACAACAAGGAUUAAGAUUCCCACAUUCAGCAUCUUUGGAAGAUGCUCGUUUAUAUACAUUAAUUUUAACACCAUCGUCAUCACCACCAUUAUCACCAUCAACGGGUCCAACAACAGCAGCACAACAACAACAACAACAACAACAAUCACAACAUACAUUUGAUAAUUUUAAUAUUAAUGGACAUGCACCACCAGUACCACAAUCAACACAACCAUCAUUCCAACCUCAUGUUUCAUUUGCACCAAAUGUAAAUAUUAAUAAUAAUAAUAAUAGUCAUGUAUCAGCACCACAUUCAUUGAAUAGUUCAUCAUCAUCAAUCUCUAGUAUUUCAAAUCCAAAUUUAGGUGGUAUUGCUCAAAAGGGUAGUGGUAAUUCUUUAAUGCCACCACCAUUGUAUAAACCUGCUGCACGUGGUCAUAGAAGAUCUCAAAGUUCAAAUGGUGAUGAAGUUAGAAGAAGAAAUCUAUUACAACAACAAUUGGAACAAAAUAGAGAUUUCUUAAAUCAUAAUAGAUUAUUAAAUAAACAAUCUAGAAUGAAUAAUCCAAAUAAUUUAUUCGAUGAAGGAGAUUCUGGUUUUGGUGAUGGUGAAGAAGAAGAUGAAGGUUUAUUAAAUUAA